GACGUCAGUGCGCUCUGUAGUCACACUGCGUCAGUGCGUGAGCGCGGUCUGUUGUAGUGCGAACAGCCGAACAGCGCAACACAAAACGUGUUUUUAUUUGUUUGUUUGUGUGUUUGUUUGUUUGUGAGCGAGCCCCGUCCCCGCCGCCAUCACCGCACCGACCCAGCACGCUGACACCGCCGCUGUAAACUCCACCAUGGUCGGCGUGAAGGUAAUCGGGAACGACUCGGACUUCCAGCCGGAGCUCGCGGCCGCCGGCUCCCGGCUCGCCGUGGUCAAGUUCACGAUGGCCGGGUGUCGGCCUUGUGUCAGAAUAGGUCCUGCCUUCGCCCUGCUGAGCAACAAGUACCCACAGGUUGUCUUCCUCGAAGUCGACGUCCACGUCUGUCAGGCGACAGCGGCCAGCAACAACAUCUCAGCGACGCCCACGUUCCUGUUCUUCAGGAACCGGGUGCGGGUGGAUCAGUAUCAGGGUGCGGACGCCGCCGGCCUGGAGGAGAAGAUCAAACAGCACACAGAGAACGACCCGGGGAACAGCGAGGACUCCGACAUUCCAAAGGGAUACAUGGACCUCAUGCCUUUUGUGAACAAAGCCGGCUGUGAGUGCCUGAACGAGAGCGACGACAUGGGCUUCGACAACUGCCUAAACAAAGAGCCGAGCUACCUGGAGUCCGACUGCGACGAACAGUUGUUGAUAACCAUCGCCUUCAACCAGCCGGUGAAGCUCUUCUCCAUGAAGCUGGUGUCUUCAGACUUUGCGAAAGCCCCCAAGGAGAUGAAGGUCUUCAUCAAUCUUCCUCGGUCGAUGGGCUUUGACGACGCCGAGCGGAGCGAAGCCACGCAGACUCUCGACCUGUCAGAGGAGGACUACAAGGACGACGGUUUGAUUCCUCUGCGCUACGUCAAGUUCCAGAACGUGCAGAGCGUCACGUUGUUUGUCAAAUCCAACCAAGGAGACGAGGAAACGACAAAAAUCAACUACCUGACGUUCAUAGGAACUCCAGUGCAGGCCACCAACAUGAACGACUUCAAAAGAGUCGUGGGGAAGAAGGGAGAGAGUCACUGAGCGAGCGAGAGAAGGAAGGAUGGAAAGAAAGAAAGAAAGACAGACAGGAGAAGAGAGGAAGGGAGGAAGCGGAGGCCAUAUUGCUGCAGAUACAUCCAAGGACUUCCCUCUGCCAAAGCUGCUGCACACUCCGCUGUAACACACACACACACACACACACUUAACCUUCACACACACACGGCAUACACAUAAAUUGGCGCUGUCUCUCAAACACACACACACACACACACACACACUCAGAGUCUCCAGCUGUACCCAACAUGCCCCCUGACUGUGCAGACUCUCAUUCUAUAAACCAUUUGUAUUGUAAUUCAGAUGAAAGUCGCUGUAAAUAAAACACAAUCACUUUCUCAAAAGG